CCGCCGUUGAUGAGCCUCUGGCCUCGGUCCCCCCGAAGGAUCCGGUGAAUCCCCCCCGGGCGGAAUCACCCCGGGAGAUCCGUCAGCUCUCCUUUGCCCCCGGCGCUUCGUUGAUGCACGGCACUGCCGAGCCGAAGGCCUUCCUGCGGGGCAUCACCUCGAAGAUGGACAGGGAGGUCUUCGAGACCUACGAUGAUGAUGCCCUCGAGAACAGGAUCCUCCGGUCCUCGCUCACUGCCUGCAUAGCCCUCGGGGAACAGGCCCGGAGGCGCGAGGAAAGGUGUCUUCACGAGGCUGCCCAGGAUAAGAAGGUGGAGGGGCUGAUCCGCAAGAACUCCGAGGCGGUGAAGCAUGCUGCCCAGCUGGAGGAGGCCCUUCGGGAGGCGAAGGCAGCGGCGGAGAAGGCCAAGGCUGAUGGCAUAGCCGAAGGCAAGGCCGAGGCCGAGAGGGCUGCUGCCGAGGCGGCGAAGAAAGCCGCCGAUGAAGCCC